AUGGAGGAGGAGAUUGGGAACAAUAAGACGCCGUUUGAUGAUCAAGGAGAAGAUUAUUCGGACUCCCAAGCUGAUGGUUUGGAUCCGCCUACAUUAUAUAGGUCUCCGUGGGAAGAUGAUCCUAACUAUGAUAUCUGUCUCUAUGCUAGGAUUGGACUCCAGUGCUACAAUCUUCAAAAGGGAACAAACUUUAAGUUUAAAAACUGGGAGGUGUGUAGGAAGCGGAUGACUUCAUCCGACGACUCGUUCAUAACGUUGGAGGCAACGGAUCCUGCCACUGGCUCGGUCUUGACUUUUCAGACGUUGUUAAGCGAUUUUGGACUUGGAAGUUGGUUGGGUGUCAGACUUAAGUUGGUCAACCUAGCCUCCAGAAUCAAGCCUAUACGUAACGAGCGUCUGGAUGAAAAUUGGGACAAGAACACGGUACAUGAUUUCUACAAAGGUCCAAUGCCCAAAUGGGUUUCUGAUGAGGCGUUGGAACGUGACAGUAGAAAAUAUUACGUGCCACUUCGAAACCGUGGCUCCGUAAGCCAAAAAGCGUGGCUAUCUGAUAAGAAGCCACGAUUCAAUGUCGAGAAGAUUACCGUGGCUAUAGCUUCGUGGCUGAAAAAAACCGUGGCUUAUCGUGGUUAA